AUGCCGGAUCCUUUGAGCUGGACGCUGCUCUUCAAGAAGCACAGAACGACCGUGCUCUUGCUGCUUCCGCCUUCUCACACCAUCGAGGCCACCAAGACAAAGCUCCUGGAAGCUCUUCGAGCGCGCGGUCUAAAGGAAAUUAACGGCGAUCCGGUCCCUGAAGACCCCACAGCGAUCGAGUUUGGUGUUGCAGUGGACAAAAAUGACCUAGAGAAAGGAUGGACGAGCCUCGAGGCCCCGAAGAUUGAAGCCGACGAUGCGCCCAAACGAGGGCCGGAGAAGAAGACUACGUCUAUCAGCUUGAAGGCAGCAGAACUCAACAACGGGCAGUCUAUUGCGUUCAGAUUCCGAAAGAUGGGGGUGACCAGUUUUGACAACGCCACUGAUCUCGGCCUAGAGGACCCUGGUUGGGAUGUUGUUAUCCCGAAGUUUGAUGACGAAGAAGUCAGCUCAUAG